CUACUUCCCAUUUCUUCUACGAUUCCAAUACACUCCCAAUAAACAAAGGCGUUGUCCUCGUGAACACUCUGUCCAGCGCAAUACCUGCUCUCCUCUAUCCGCCUCUGCUGCCAAUAUAAUAUAUAUAUAUAGAGAGAGAGAGAGAGAGAGAAGGGUCCGGUAGCCGGCGUUGGAAGAAUGACGGCCGGCGGAUCAUCGACGGGGCGGUUACCGACAUGGAAGGAGAGAGAGAACAACAAGAGGAGAGAGAGGAGGAGGAGAGCUAUAGCUGCAAAGAUAUACUCAGGCCUCAGAGCCCAGGGUAAUUACAGGCUUCCCAAGCACUGCGACAACAACGAGGUCUUGAAGGCUCUUUGCGCUGAAGCUGGUUGGGUCGUCGAAGAAGAUGGCACCACUUAUCGCAAGGGAUGCAGGCCACCUUCAAAUGGGAUGGCAGGCAAUAUUACAAACAUGAGUGCAUGUUCAUCAGUCCAACCAAGCCCAACAUCCUCAUCCUUCCCAAGUCCUAUACCUUCCUACCAUGCCAGCCCAUCGUCAUCCUCCUUCCCGAGCCCCUCUCGUUUUGAUGGAAACCCCUCCUCCUACAUUCUCCCUUUCCUCUGCAACUUAGCCUCCAUUCCCUCUUCUCUCCCCCCUCUUCGAAUAUCCAACAGUGCCCCUGUAACCCCACCUCUUUCUUCCCCAAAUUCCAGAGGUGCAAAGCCAAAACCCGUUUGGGAAUCGCUCUCCAAUGGCUCAUUGCACUCUUUUUGCCAUCCCCUUUUCGCUGCUUCUGCCCCAGCGAGUCCAACCCGCUGCCACCAUCCUAAACCAGCCACAAUUCCGGAAUGCGAUGAAUCUGAUGUCUCCACGGUUGAUUCAGCUCGGUGGGUGAGUUUCCAAACAGGGGCACCUCCAGCAGUCCCCUCUUCCCCUACAUUUAAUCUUGUGAAAAAUGUGGCCCAACUUAGUUCCCACCAGGUUGCAGUUGAUGGGUGUGGAGCAGUGGCACAGAUGGGGCGUGGCUCCGAAUUUGAGUUCGAGACUAACACAGUGAAGGCAUGGGAGGGUGAGAGAAUACAUGAGAUUGGGGUGGAUGAUUUGGAGCUCACACUUGGGAGUGCGAAGGCUCGCAAUUAAGCUUCCUGUGGGACAUGUCAUGGAAUGUUAAUAAGAGGUGGAAAGAAGUUAUAUUCAUUGUUGUCAAUGGUCACUCCUGUUAUUAGAAGUCAGUUGUGUAGCAUCAUUCUUCUAAAAUUUCCUGUGAAUUCCAACUGGCUUGGAGACCUUGAUCUCAAAUGUGGUGCAUCCUCUAUCUCUUUCAAUUGUACAGUUUUCCUUCUCAUGGAACAAUUACAGGAUUCUAAAACCUGUUAGAUGCAAUUAAUGAAGUUGAAAUUUUGAGGGA